CUCCGCCCGCCAUCGCCUCUUCACAUCUCAUCCUCAUCCUCAUCCUCAACAUGCAGUCCCGCCUUCUCCUUCGCACGCUCCCACGACGCGCCGUGCCGCUCGCGACGCGCGGGUUCUCCGCCUCGGCCAUCCGCCGCUCCGACGAGCUCAUGGACAUGACGAUCCUGUCCGAGUCGCAGCGCGAGGUCCGCGAAGGCGUCAAGGCCGUGUGCGCCAACUUCCCCGACGCGUACUGGCGCGAGCGGGAUGUGUCGCACGAGUUCCCCUUCGAGUUCCACAAGGCGAUCGCCGACGGCGGGUGGCUUGGUGUCGCGCUGCCCGAGCGCUUCGGCGGCUCGGGCCUCGGCCUCGCUGAAGCCGCGGUUAUGAUGCAGACGAUCACGGAGAGCGGCGCCGGCUUCCCCGGUGCGCAGAGCACGCACGGCAACGUGUACGCUACCCAGCCGCUGGGCAUUUUCGGCACGGACGAGCAGCGUUCUGACCUCAUCCCCAAGAUCGUCGGCGGCGAGUACCGCACCUGCUUUGGUGUGACCGAGCCGAAUGUCGGCCUCAACACCCUCGAGCUCAAGACGACGGCGACGCGGCGCGAGGACGGCACGUGGGCCAUCAACGGGCAGAAGACGUGGAUCACGUGCGCGCAGAACGCGCAUGUCAUGAUGCUGCUUGCGCGCACCAAGCCGCUCGAGGAGUGCGUCAAGAAGAGCGAGGGCCUCACGCUGUUCGCCAUCCCCGUCGACAAGAACCAGAAGGGUCUCGAGAUGCGCGCCAUCAAGAAGAUGGGCGGCAAUGCCGUCGACUCGAACGAGAUCUGGUUCGACAACUACAUCGUUCCCAGCGGAAGCGUCAUCGGCGGCGACGCCAACAUCGGCAAGGGCUUCAAGAUCGUCCUCCACGGCAUGAACUCUGAGCGUGUGCUCAUCGGUGCCGAGGCGCUUGGCAUUGGUUACGCUGCGCUCAAGAAGGCUGCCAAGUACGCCGGCGAGCGCAUCGUCUUCGGCCGGCCCAUCGGGCAGAACCAGGGUGUCGCACACCCCCUCGCAGACGCGUACAUGCAGCUCCACGCCGCCGCGCUGUCCGUGUACCACGCCGCAAACAUCUACGACAAGCUGCAGCGCGAGCCGGGGUCCGUGUCGUUCGAGGCCGUCGGCGCCGCCGCUAACAGCGCAAAGUACCUCGGCGCCGAGGCGGGCUACAACGCGUGCCAGCGCGCCAUCCUCAGCAUGGGCGGCAUGGGCUUUGCCGCCGAGUUCGACGUCGAGCGGUACUUCCGUGAAAGCUGGGUGCCACGCCUCGCGCCCAUCUCGCGCGAGAUGAUCAUGAACUACAUCUCGGAGCGCGUGCUCAACCUCCCCAAGAGCUAUUAGAGGGGCUGCGUUGUAUCAUGGUUAGACGGGCUCGGGCCUAAUUGUAGACUACAUGCAUUGUCGGAUCUCAGAG